AUCAAAUAUUAGCCGCCAUAAACCCCAUUACUCCCACUCAGAGCAAUUACGUUGCCAGAACCCUUCGACCAAAGGAACUUACUUUACCUCUUCGGGAUUUCGUAUAGCGUUAGGGUUUCUACUUUCUACCGCUGCAAUGGCGGUCGAUGCUGGAACCACGGACCAGUCCCACAAGUCUCACAGGACCAGUCAGGCAGGUGCUUCGGCAAAGAAGAAGAAGGGCGGCAAGUCUGGCAAGAAGAAGGGAGAAGUUUCAGAAAACGAUAGGAAGCAAAAUCCUAAGGCAUUCACUUUCAAUUCAUCGGUAAAAGCCAAGCGUUUGCAGUCGCGUACCGUUGAGAAAGAGCAGCGUCGGCUCCAUGUUCCCACUAUUGAUCGGAGCUAUGGUGAACCGCCUCCCUUUGUCAUUCUCGUCCAGGGACCCCCCAAGGUUGGGAAGUCUCUAUUGAUAAAGUCACUGGUGAAGCAUUACACCAAACAUAAUCUACCAUCGGUUCGGGGACCAAUUACCAUUGUUUCAGGUAAGAAAAGGCGUGUACAGUUUGUGGAGUGCCCUAAUGAUAUCAAUGGCAUGAUUGAUGCGGCCAAGUUUGCCGAUUUGGCAUUGCUUCUUAUAGAUGGAAGUUAUGGUUUCGAAAUGGAAACGUUUGAAUUUCUCAAUAUAUUACAAGUCCAUGGUUUUCCAAAGGUUAUGGGAGUUCUUACUCACCUUGAUGAUUUCAAAGAUGCAAAGAAGUUGAGGAAGACAAAGCAGCAACUUAAACAUCGAUUCUGGACUGAAAUAUAUGACGGGGCUAAAUUGUUUUAUUUAUCUGGUCUUAUCCACGGAAAGUAUCUUAAACGUGAAGUGCAUAAUCUUGCACGGUUUAUAUCUGUUACAAAGUUCCAUCCUUUAUCUUGGCGAGCUUCUCAUCCGUAUGUUUUGGUAGAUCGUUUUGAAGAUGUCACACCUCCUGAAAGAGUCCAUCUGAAUAGGAAAUGUGACAGGAAUAUCAUACUUUAUGGUUACUUGCGUGGCUGUAACUUUAAAAAGGGAACUAAGGUUCAUAUUGCUGGCGUCGGUGAUUAUGUUGCUAGUGUCACUGACUUGGCUGAUCCUUGUCCUUUGCCAUCAGCUGCAAAAAAGAAGGGUUUACGUGACAAGGAAAAAUUAUUUUAUGCCCCUAUGUCUGGACUUGGAGACUUAGUCUAUGAUAAAGAUGCGGUAUAUGUUAAUAUAAACCAUCAUUUUCUCCAAUACUCCACAGUUGACAAAAAUGGGGAAAAUGAAGAAAAUGGGGAAAAUGGGGAAGCAACAAAAGAAGUGAAGGAAGAUGACGUGGGUGUGGCUUUGGUAAAAUCUCUUCAGAAGGCAAAAUAUUCAGUUGAUGAAAAGUUAGAAAAGAGCUUCAUUUCACUUUUUGGUCGGAAGCCUGAUACAUUACCAGAAUCACGAGAAGAUAAGGAAAAGUUAGAUGAAGAUGAAGCUACUACGGAAAGAGAUGCAGAUAGUGAAGUUGAUGUUUCUGAUGAAGAUAGUGGUAAUGUUUCAGAGCAACAAACUGAGCAAAACGAGCAUGUGAAGGAACAUGUUGAAUUUCAUGGAGGAAGGCUAAGAAGAAAAGCUGUUUUUGGAGAAGACAUUGCUGAUGAUAAUGCGAAGGAUUUAGAUGAAGGUGACGAUGAGGAUGAUGAUGGUGGUGAUGGUGGUAGUGAUUCAGAAAAUGAAUCAUCUUCUGGUUCAGAUGCUUCUAGUGAUGACGAAGAGUUUAAUGAAACAGAGGAGGACAUGGGAAAUAUUUCAAGAUGGAAAGAGUCUAUAAUAGAAAGAACUAUCUCGAGGCAAACUACUAACCUUAUGCAACUUGUAUACGGGAAGAAUACAUCAAUACCAACCACCUCAAUUAAUGAAGAAGAGAGUAGUGAGGAAAGUGAUGGAGAUGAUUUCUUUAAGCCAAAAGGUGAAGGGAGCAAGAAAACAAGUGAAGGCUUUGAUGCUGAGAAUUUGAAUCCCGAGGACUGUUCGAAAUUCACAACUCAUGCUAGUCUCAAGGACUGGAAAGAGGACAAUGAGCUUAUUGCAAAUAUUCGCGAUCGCUUUGUCACUGGUGACUGGUCAAAAGCUGCUCAAAGAAAUAAGACCUCAGAAGCCAACACUGAAGAUGAUGAUGUGUAUGGCGACUUUGAGGAUUUAGAAACUGGAGAGAAGCAUGAUGGGACUCAUGCAGAUGAUGCUGGCAAAGGCACUGAUCACAAGGAAGACGAGUCAGCAAUUGAAGAGCGGAGGCGAAAAAAGCUUGCACUCCGUGCAAAGUUUGAUGCUCAUUUUGAAGAAUCUGAAUUGUCAGAAGAGGAAUUAGAUAGUAAACAUGGAGGUAAGUUUCCUAGAGAUCAGCCUAAAGAAAGUGGAUAUUUUGACAAGUUGAAGGAGGAAAUUGAAAUUCAGAAGCAAAUGAACAUAGCUGAACUUAAUGAACUUGACGAAGCUACCAGAUUGGAGAUAGAGGGGUUUCGAACAGGGACUUACCUCAGAUUGGAGAUUCAUGAUGUCCCUUUUGAGAUGGUUGAUCACUUUGACCCCUGCCAACCUGUAUUGGUUGGUGGAAUUGGUCUCGGGGAAGAAAAUGUUGGAUAUAUGCAGGCGAGGCUAAAUCGGCACAGGUGGCACAAGAAAGUACUCAAAACAAGAGAUCCUAUUAUUGUUUCUGUAGGGUGGAGGCGAUACCAAACCAUACCUGUUUAUGCUAUUGAAGAUGCCAAUGGAAGGCAUCGCAUGCUUAAGUAUACUCCUGAACACAUGCAUUGCCUUGCAAUGUUCUGGGGCCCUCUUGCCCCUCCUAAUACAGGGGUGGUUGCUUUUCAAAAUUUAUCUAACAACCAGGCAUCAUUUAGGAUUACGGCGACUGCAGUUAUUCUCGAGUUCAACCAUGCAACCAGGAUAGUGAAGAAGCUGAAGCUAGUUGGUUAUCCCUGCAAGAUCUUCAAGAAGACGGCAUUCAUAAAGGACAUGUUUACUUCAGAUCUUGAAAUAGCUCGCUUUGAAGGUGCUGCUGUCACAACAGUCUCUAAGAUUAGAGGGCAGGUGAAGAAGGCUGCAAAGGAAGAAAUUGGUAACCAUCCCAAGAAGAUGGGAGGACAAGUGAAGGAAGGAAUUGCUAGGUGCACUUUUGAAGAUAAGAUUAAAAUGAGCGACAUUGUCUUUUUACGUGCUUGGACUCAAGUUGAUGUUCCUCAAUUUUUCAACCCGUUGACAACGGCUUUGCAACCUCGUGAACAAACCUGGCAAGGAAUGAAAACUCUAGCUGAAUUGAGGAGAGAACACAAUCUUCCUAUCCCUGUUAAUAAGGAUUCACUCUAUAAGCCUAUUGAAAGGAAGGUUAGAAAAUUCAAUCCUAUGGUGGUACCUAAGUCUCUACAAGCUGCUCUCCCAUUUGCAUCGAAGCCUAAGGAUAUGGCCAGUCGAAGAAAACCGCUUCUUGAGAACAGAAGAGCUGUUGUCAUGGAGCCUCAUGAGCGAAAAGUUCAUGCCCUGGUUCAACAUCUUCGGCUCAUUAGACAUGAAAAGACAAAAAAGCGAAAGAUCAAAGAUGACAAGAAAAGAAAAGAACUCGAAACACAGAAAGCGAAAGAAGAUGAGGUAGCAAGAAAGCGGCAGAGAGAGGAAAGGCGCGAGAGAUAUCGGGAACAAGAGAAACAAAAGAAGAAACUUAGGAGAAACUCAGAUAUCUGAAAACUCUAGCUCACAGUUAAUUUAUUCACAUAGCAAUUUUGCUUUGAGCUGUUUUUUUCUACCACACUGCCAAUUUUGUAUCUUUCACCUUUGCUCAAGCCUCAAUUUUGUCCCUUUGGUGUAUUAUAAGUUAUUAACAAGGUUUCAAAUGGAUUAAAACACUAGUUUUGAACACCGUCUUAUAUACUAUAAUUAAGGAAUGAAUGUCGUACCUAUUUUUGUAUAGGAGUAGAAAGAACCAUUACUUUCUCGAAAUUUCAAUACAAAAGUAAUAGUGGCAUAAGACAGUUUAUUUGAA